CUGCAUUUAACAGCUGAUGAGGCUGGCGACAGCGUAUUUUGCAGCCCUGGCAUCGAGCCGGUAGACACCAUAAAAGUCCAAGGAAGAAAUAGCAAGGAUUUUAUCACCACUCCCCACGCCGUUCAAACGGCCAACAUUUAACAUUCUCAUCGACUGUGGCGUGUAGAGCCGUUAAUCCGAACUCCAGGGAAACUAGCUUUGGAAUACGUGGCAAUGAGAUGAGAUUUUGGAUGAGAUAGUGGCACAGUUAACUAAAGAGCGCGCACACACACCCACCCACACAGAUGUCAGCUACGUUACGCUAUCGUGGCGAUAAGAGCAACUUGCUCGAGUUUGCCAAAAACCUUGAUGCCUUUAAAAAGGUGCCCGAGAAGUACACAGAGACAACGGAGAUUGGUGGGACACUUUCCCUGCUAAGCAGACUGCUGAUUGUGUACCUGGUCUAUACGGAACUUCAAUAUUAUUGGCAUGAAACGCAAAUUAUCUAUCAGUUCGAGCCAGAUAUUGCGCUCGAGGAGCAGGUGCCAAUGCAUGUGGACAUAACGGUGGCCAUGCCGUGUGCCUCCUUGUCGGGAGUGGAUCUAAUGGAUGAGACGCAACAGGAUGUGUUCGCGUACGGUACACUACAGCGCGAGGGCGUCUGGUGGGAGAUGUCCGAUGCGGACCGUAUGCAAUUUCAGUCUGCCCAGCUGACAAAUCAUUAUCUGCGUGAGCAAUACCAUUCUGUGGCUGAUAUCCUGUUUAAGGAUAUCAUGCGUGAUGGUAUCUUAAAAGGGAGAAGUGAUUCUUCGGCAAAACCGGCGGCCCCACCACCCGGCUCGCUUCCAGCAGUAUUGGAUCUGCAUCAAGACACACAUUUACAGCAGCCAGAGGCAAAAUUCGAUGCCUGCCGCUUACACGGAACUUUGGGCAUCAAUAAAGUGGCUGGCGUUCUUCAUUUGGUGGGUGGAGCCCAGCCAGUGGUGGGUCUAUUUCAGGAUCAUUGGAUGAUUGAAUUUCGUCGCAUGCCAGCGAAUUUUACGCAUCGCAUCAAUCGUCUAAGUUUUGGUCAAUAUUCGCGACGAAUCGUCCAGCCACUGGAGGGAGAUGAGACCAUUAUACAGGAGGAAGCGACCACAGUGCAGUAUUUUCUCAAAAUUGUGCCCACAGAAAUCGAGCAGACAUUUAGCACGAUUAAUACGUUUCAAUAUUCCGUUACGGAGAAUGUGCGCAAAUUGGAUUCGGAACGAAAUUCAUAUGGAUCGCCGGGCAUCUACUUUAAGUACGAUUGGUCCGCCUUGAAGAUUGUGGUCAGCAAUGAUCGUGAUCAUAUCUUGACUUUCGUUAUACGCUUGUGCUCCAUUAUUUCCGGUAUCAUUGUGCUCUCUGGGGCCAUAAACUCCUUGUUGUUGGGAAUGCAGCGACGCUUGCUGCGAAACUUUGCCCCUCAACUUUAUCAGAAGUUGGAGAAAUCCUCAGCCUCUAAUGGUGAAGCCAAUGUGACUGCAUCCUCCCUAGCUGUAACAAGUCCAAUCUCACAGCCACCGAUCAAUGAGCUUCUGCACACGGCCAAUCUAAUGGCCAAUGUGAAUAUAUCCGCGUAUUUACCUACAGCUCAACCCAAGACGGAUAACUAAUCGACUGAUCGUAGACCCAAAAUUGGAAUCUCAGUCUGUAACAAAUUAUAAACUAGUUUAGACAAUGAAAUUUUCAGCUUGUUCUUUGCUUUUAUUACAAUUAAUCAAUUGUUUUUUUUUGUCUUAGCCUUUGUUGUAUUCUUCUUUUAUUUUCUUUGUGUCUCCCUCUCCAUACUUUGUAAGAUUUUGAUAAAUUGUACAUAAAUAUAGAUAUACAUAUACAUAUAUAAACAUAUAUAAAAGCAUUUGUUGAUACUAG